AUGUACGAUGAUUAUGAUUGUUUGAGAGAAAAACAUACUGGUAUGACUCAACAUAUAGAAUCAGAUGAAAUUAUAUUGCAAAAAUCCAAAUCAAUAUCAACCGAAAAAGCAACAGUAAGUAAUAUUGCAACUAUAGUGACAGAGAUCGAUGGCAAUACUGUUCCAGUAUUGUUGUCUAUCAUCUGUUUAAUUAUUAGUAUUCUAUUAAGUGAACUAACAAUGAAGAUAAUGAUAUUGAUAUUUGUUGUCUUAAUUCUAAUUGUCUAUUUUACUUAUCAAAAAAUUAAUUCAACAGGAAAUUGGCCAAAUGUCAUCGGAACUACUUAUCAUGUUCCAUUUGGUGAUGUACCCGCUAUGCAAGCAUGCCUUGAUGGACAUUAUUUACUUAAUUUAAAUACAAAAUUAGGUAAACCACAAGUUUAUCGAAUUUGGGUUGGUCCAACACCGGUUCUUUUAUUAGCUCAUCCUGAUGCUGUACGACAAUUUUGGCAGCAACAUGAUGAAACUUCAAUCGAACGUGUAGUUCAUCUUGGCUGGUCAUUAUUGUUAAUAAUGGGCGAAGGUAUAGGUUUCAAGACUUAUCGAAAUCGGAAUCGUAUAAAUCGAUUUUUUCAUGCUUGCUUUGGUAUUAAACAAGUAAAAUAUUUUGAAACAAGUUAUGAAUAUCAAAUUGAUUUAGUUAUGCAACGUCUUCAAUCUCGUGUAAUUGAUGCAUGUGAUACUCCAUUAGAUGUAUCUAGUCAAUUUCGAUACUUAGCUCUUGAUGCUGGUUUGGAUAUGUUUUUGGGAACAAAAAGUUCACGAUAUUUAUCACAAUUACAUGAACUAGUUGAUGAACUUGCAGUAGUCAUGUUAGCAACAUUUAAUGCACGUUAUGUUAAUAUUCCUGGUCUACGAUGGUUUAUACCAUAUACAUAUUAUCUUCGUUCAAAGAUUCUUACAUUGCGACACAAAUGGAAUAAUUUACUUCGUAUUAUAAUGAAUGAAUAUUUACGAGAAGAUAAUAUUGAAAUAGAUGCUGAUGGUGAUUCAAUUCUUGUACGUUAUUUACGUAUGGAACGAAUAGGUCGCAAAAAAGAAAUUACAUAUGAAGAAUUAUCAGAUACAAUGAUUGAAGGUCUCUUAGCUCCAUCAGAUGGUAUUGCUGCUACAGUAGCUAAUACACUUAUUCUUCUUGCACUUAAUCCUGAAGCACAAAUAGAAGCACGCGAACGAAUUCUUAAUCGUUUACCACCUGGAAUUGAAAAAACAGUUACAUUAACUGAUCUUGAUGAUCUUGAUCAUCUUGAUCAUAUUCUACUCGAAUGUCAACGUCUAUUACCUUUAUUUGUUUUUAAUGUACCCGAAUUGACAAGUUGUAAAAUGACAUUAUGUGGUGUUACUGUUCCAAAAGAGACAAUGGUUAUGUAUGAUGUACAAACAUUGAAUCGUUGUGAAGAUAUAUGGCCUAAACCAAUGAUCUUUCAACCAGAACGAUUUCAAUUAUUGAAUGAAAAACAACGUAAGGCAUUGCAUGGUUUUGGUAAUGGACGAAGUCGUCGAUGUCUUGGUGAAAAUUUUGUACAUUCUCUUCAUAAAUUGCUUAUAGCACGAAUUUUGCUUGCUUAUCAGCUGGAACCUGUUGAUAAUGAACGUGAUAUUGAUAAAUUGUCUCGAAUUCGACGACCAUUUAUAUAUGUACCACGUGUUGUUUUGAAAUUUAUUCCAAUUAAAAAUUAA